AUUCAACGCAAGAUAUGUAACAGCUGACGCCGCAGGCGUGCUAUCCUUUGCUCUGUCGUUUUGAAGUCCAUGAGGGUUGAGAUAAGCUGUCUGAAGAAAACAAAAUGACUUCAUUUUCCACCACUCAGCAAAUCCACCCAGUGUCGCUGGCGUCGGUGGCGACCGCGCCCCUGGCCGGCCGGCCCGAGCUGCUGACUCGCCUGUUCGCCGAGUCGACGCUCAAGGAGCUGGCCGCGCUGUACCCGGUGCUGCUGGAGGACGUGUUCGGCUUCGGCGGCCGGCCCGGCUGGAACGUGCACCUGGUCACGCGCAAGUGCCACCCCCGCGAGUUUGACCAGCUGCGCGGCCUGCUGCAGCCGGCGGGCCCGCUGUUCUCCGUCAUGUACCGGCUGAUGGCCGACCCGCACGUCGCAUACGAGUUCCCCACCGCCUGCCUACCGGCGAGCGCGGCCGGCGCCGCCUCGCUCUCGAUGACGGCCGGCCAGUGGUCGAUGCUGAGCCCGCCGACGAUCGGCGGCGCGCCGACCUGGGGCCAGAGCGUGAUGCUCAGCCCGCUGGAGCUGUACCUGCACCACUUCUGCUUCUUCCUGCUGAGCCUGGCGCAGCAGGGCGCGCAGAUCGCGUGGGCGGCGGCCGGCGACGCGCUCUACCCGACGCUGCUCGACGACCUGAUGACGUACUUCCUGCCGUGCGGGCCGCAGUGGGUGCCGCCGCUCAACACGCCGGCCGGCUACCACCACCACCACCCGCCCAUCAGCAUGACCCCGGAGACCAUGACCCCGGAGACGCGCCGUCUGUCGACGCCGCCCCGUCUGCUGCUGCGCACCUCGCUGCUGCGCCAGGGCGCCGAGCUCCGCCCGCCCGCCACGCCGGCGCAGCACGACUUCCUCACACCGGCGUCGAUACUGUAUGAGCUUGACACGCACGUGCCGAGCCACGACCAGAUGCGGGUGGUGCGCAUGCUGGUCAAGCACAUGCACCUGUUCACGAACUCGCCCCACCACCUGGCGGGGCUGGAGGACUUCAAGAGGCAGGCGCAGGCGAUGCUGCAGAAGAGGCUGUACGGCUUCCUGCGGCACGCGUUCAAGCACUGGCCGACGGACAUGUCGCUGCGGCUGGUGCUGGAGACGUGGCUCAGCUACAUCCAGCCGUGGCGCUACACCGACUACACCGUCAAGGGCAGGUCACCCGGCCAGAACCAGAAAGAGUCUGACAAGCAUGUGGAGCCGGCGUGGGGUCGGUUCGUGGCUGAUAACCUGCUCUUCUACUCGGCCAUCUUCCGCCAGCUGCUGCCCCGGUUCCACCGAAUGGACCUCACCGUGCCGCGAUACGCCCACAUGGUGCACCGGCUCGCCAGGGUGAUGUGCCAGCCGGGCUUGAGCAAGCUCAUCCACGAGGCCGAGGCCCUGCUCGGCGAGAACCGCUGGGCGUCACGGCACGCCGCCAACAGCGACGCGUCGCUGCUGUACGCCGCCUCGGUCGGUCAGCACAUCAUCGAUCUGGAGGAGGCCGGCUUCGCCUACCAGCCCAUGUUUGACGCCGCCUGCCGGCAGCAGGUGCAGACCCUGCUCUCGCUGCUGAGCGAGGCCCGGCGCGUGGUGCAGCAGACGCUGACCUCGCUGCCGGCGUCGGCCGGCUCCUCCGGCUCGCUGUGGGCCAGCCUGCUGGGCGCGCUCGGCGCCCGCUCGGCCGAGCUCACGUGCGGCGAGUUCUCGCCGGACGACAUGCGGCGCGGCGCCAACCACCUGGACGAGGCCAUCCGCCAGCUGGCGGCGCUGUACGAGCUCGGCCGACAGCAGCUGAUCAGCGGCCUGUGCCGGGCCGACGUGCAGUACCAGGGCGACCCGGAGCGGCGGCCCGUGCAGAGCACCGAGAGCGCCACCCUGCUGCGCGCGCUGCAGGCUCUGGCGGCGCACGUCAACCAGACGUAUGGUCCAACGCUGGCGGCACUGUACGCCCGCGACGACUACGCUGGCUACCUGGCGCGCCAGGUGAUCCAGCCGCCCGCCACCUUCUACCACUUCGUGCGCGUGAGCGACCGCUCGAGCGCGCGCCAAGCGGUGCACCGGCCGGCGGCGGUGAGCCUGCGGCGGCUGGCGGAC